AUGUCGGACCGCGAGACUGGAGGCGUACCGGGCUCUGAUGAGGAUUUAUCGCUCCCGAAAGCCACUGUCGCCAAAAUGAUCACGGAGCUACUGCCUAAGGACGUGACAUGCGCGAAGGAGACGCGAGACCUAGUUAUUGAAUGCUGCGUAGAAUUCAUACACCUGAUAUCCUCGGAGGCGAAUGAAAUAUGCGAGAAGGACUCUAAGAAGACGAUAGCACCGGAGCAUAUCAUCGCUGCUCUGAAACAUCUCGGCUUCGAGUCUUUCACUGAGGAGGUCGAAGACGUCCUGAAAGAUCAUAAGCAGCAACAGAAGGAUCGCGAGAGAAAGGUAUCCAAGUUUGAGCAGUCUGGCAUGACCGAGGAAGAGCUUCUCAAGGCACAAGAAGAGCUUUUUGCGCAGAGUCGAGCGAAGUUCCAAUCAACGCAGCAAUGA